ACUUUAAUCACAGGUAGCCCAACUAAAAGCUCAGUAUGAGAGCGUCAUAAUAACGACAUGCAUAUACAGUGUAGGAGUUCAACCCACAACUGGGUUGAAAUUGUUAUCAAGCAAAAAAAGCUUUCCUUCAUAUUUCUCAUCCAUAAAUUAUUUAAAUCUCUUCGAUUUGACUUUUUUUUUCUCCCAGGAGGUCUCUUUCAUGACUUGACCCCAUACGAUAUACAGGCAUUUAUCGCAACUCGAAUUACACGCAAGUGUGAUAACGUACACACUUGGCCUUUGUGCGAACCACAUUUUACGUGUGACAGACACAGUUUGCGUGCUUGCAAACGUCUGCUGAGGCUCGUUGUUGAUCCAAGUCCGUUCGCCCAUCAUCCCUUUCUUUGCGGCAAAGAGGUGACGCCAGCCAAGUCCAAAUCCACGCUUUGAAACUGAGUCAAGCACUGGCAAGCGCGCAGCGAUGUAUUCUGGCGUGAUAUUGCUACUGCUAUGGCUCAGCGCUUCGAUGUGGAUAACUGGAAGAUGUAGUGAAAGCAGCUUUAAGGAGAACCAGGACUCAUUACCAAGGAGAGUAAGGCGACAACAACCAGAUGUCACGGACGGGGGACAGCUCGUCACAGUUAUUGGGGAACCGGGAGAGGACGGAGUCAGCGGAGAAAGGGGUUUUUCCGGACUUACUGGUCAGCCAGGGAGAUCUGGACCAAGAGGAUCACGGGGUCCAGCUGGCAGGAGAGGUCGUCCGGGGAUAACAGGACCUCCUGGCCCACCCGGCCAUCCCGGAGCCCCCGGAAACACUGUGUACGAGUCGACUCCCGGUGAAAAGGGACCUGUAGUCCGUCCGAUCAUCCAAACAGCAGGAUCAAUAACAAGAAAGGUACUGGAUUUAGAGUCCUUUUUUGGGUAGUCACGCAGUACUUCUCCCCACACGUGACGAGUUGCUUGGAGGACGAAAUAAUGCCGGCCUCCAAGCUCUUCGAAGAUGGAGGGCAGAAUGCUUCCCAAAAAGAAAUUGUUCAAGACAAAAUCCCAUUUGCUUUUGGAAAAAGCACCAUAAAAAAUUCACCCUUGAUAAAUGGCUUCUGUCAGGAGCCAUAAUCGGG